AUGCCCAGUGCAGUUUUUGGAUUUCCACUGAGUGAUAGCUUUGUUUUGGUCUUCCAUAUAUCUGUGUUCUUAUUAUCAAGUCUCCACACAUGUCUUGUGCCCCCACAGGAAAUAGCAUUCUUUGACGUGACUAGAACAGGAAAGCUCUUAAGCAGGCUUUCUGAAGAUACCCAAAUUAUAAAGAAUGCCGCUACAACAAACCUUUCAGAAGCACUGCGUAAUCUGACUACCACAUCUAUUGGUCUUGGCUUUAUGUUUUCAACUUCAUGGAAGCUAACAUGUAAGUACCAGUUCCACAUGCCUGUGCUCUACAGAUUAAGAACUUUGUUGCAUCUCAUUUUGCUGACUGUGUGGCAUCUACCCGUGCAUCAAUAA